CAGUGAGCGGAAGAGCAUCUGCAAUGUCAAACACUCCUACCCACAGCAUUGCAACCUCUGUCUCCCAACCUCAGACGCCAACUCCGAGUCCUAUCAUUUCUCCUUCAGCCAUGCUACCAAUCUACCCUGCUAUAGAUAUCGAUGCACAGACUGAGAGUAAUCAUGACACAGCGUUGACACUUGCUUGUGCUGGUGGCCACGAAGAACUGGUACAAACACUGUUAGAGAGAGGAGCCAAUAUUGAACACAGGGACAAGAAAGGGUUCACUCCGCUUAUUUUGGCUGCUACAGCUGGCCACGUGGGUGUUGUUGAAAUCUUACUGGAUAAUGGAGCUGAUAUUGAAGCCCAGUCUGAGAGAACCAAGGACACACCCUUGUCUUUGGCUUGUUCAGGAGGGAGACAAGAGGUGGUGGAGUUGCUGCUAGCUCGAGGGGCAAACAAAGAGCACAGGAAUGUUUCUGAUUACACACCUUUAAGCCUCGCCGCUUCUGGUGGUUACGUGAACAUUAUCAAGAUACUGCUAAAUGCUGGGGCAGAAAUAAAUUCCAGAACUGGUAGCAAAUUGGGCAUUUCUCCAUUAAUGUUGGCAGCUAUGAAUGGGCAUACUGCUGCUGUCAAGCUAUUACUGGACAUGGGCUCUGACAUAAAUGCCCAGAUAGAGACCAACAGGAAUACGGCACUAACUUUGGCUUGUUUUCAAGGGAGAACUGAAGUGGUUAGUCUGCUGCUUGAUCGAAAAGCUAAUGUGGAACAUAGAGCUAAGACUGGUCUCACACCGUUAAUGGAAGCAGCUUCCGGUGGAUAUGCGGAAGUGGGCAGAGUUCUGCUGGACAAAGGUGCAGAUGUCAACGCUCCUCCAGUACCUUCCUCGAGAGAUACAGCUUUAACCAUCGCAGCAGACAAAGGGCACUACAAAUUCUGUGAGCUUCUCAUUAGCAGAGGAGCUCACAUUGACGUGCGUAACAAGAAGGGGAAUACUCCGCUGUGGCUGGCAGCAAAUGGAGGGCACCUAGAUGUUGUCCAACUGCUAGUUCAAGCUGGAGCUGAUGUGGAUGCUGCUGAUAACAGGAAAAUAACUCCUCUUAUGGCAGCCUUUCGAAAGGGUCAUGUAAAAGUGGUGCGCUACCUAGUGAAAGAAGUAAACCAAUUUCCAUCAGACUCGGAAUGCAUGAGAUACAUAGCAACAAUUACUGAUAAGGAGAUGCUGAAGAAGUGCCACCUGUGUAUGGAAUCAAUUGUUCAAGCCAAAGAUAGACAGGCUGCUGAAGCCAAUAAAAACGCAAGCAUUCUUUUAGAGGAACUGGACUUGGAGAAGCUAAGGGAAGAAAGCAGGAGACUGGCUUUGGCUGCCAAAAGAGAGAAAAGAAAGGAGAAAAGGAGGAAGAAAAAAGAAGAACAAAGACGAAAACUAGAAGAAAUAGAAGCGAAAAAUAAAGAGAAUUUUGAACUUCAGGCUGCUCAGGAGAAAGAGAAGCUGAAAGCUGAAGAUGAUCCAGAGGUCCCAAUGGAGCCUCCUAGCGCUACCACUACAACCACCAUAGGCAUCUCUGCCACUUGGACAACAUUAGCAGGUUCCCAUGGGAAGAGGAAUAACACCAUCACCACAACAAGCUCCAAAAGGAAAAACAGGAAAAAUAAAGUAACCGCUGAUAAUGUUCAGAUUAUAUUUGAUGAUCAACUCCCAAUUUCCUAUAGUCAACCAGAAAAAGUGAAUGGUGAAUCUAAGAGCAGCAGUACUAGUGAAAGUGGUGAUAGUGACAACAUGAGGAUUUCCAGCUGUAGCGACGAAAGCAGCAAUAGCAACAGCAGCCACAAAAGUGACAAUCAUUCUUCCACAGCCGUUACUAACACACAGAGCAGCAAAAAGCAACCAUCGGUUCUUGUCACUUGUCCAAAGGAUGAGCGGAAAGCAGUUACUAGCAAAUCGUCAAUAAAGUUGUCUGAAGUUAUUAGUGAGGUGACGAGUAACUCCUUGUCUACUUGCACAAAAUCUGGUCCUUCUCCCCUUUCUUCUCCAAAUGGAAAGCUAACGAUUGCUAGUCCUAAACGUGGUCAGAAAAGGGAAGAAGGAUGGAAGGAAGUUGUGAGAAGAUCCAAGAAGGUUUCGGUUCCAUCAACUGUGAUUUCCAGAGUCAUUGGCAGAGGAGGAUGCAACAUCAAUGCGAUCCGUGAGUGCACGGGGGCGCACAUAGACAUUGACAAACAGAAGGACAAGACUGGAGAUCGAAUAAUAACGAUAAGGGGUGGCACAGAAUCAACGAGACAGGCCACGCAGUUGAUCAAUGCUCUGAUUAAGGAUCCAGAUAAGGAAAUUGAUGAACUUAUUCCAAAGAACCGUUUGAAGAGUUCGGCUGCGAACUCCAAAGUAGGGUCAUUGACACCUGCCACCACUACAGCUGCUAACAGUUCUCUCGGGGGCAUCAAAGUGACCACCGUAGCUGCUUCGUCGACAUCUCAGACAGCCUCCGCGCUCACCGUGCCUGCAAUUUCUUCAGCAUCCACUCACAAAACCAUUAAGAAUCCAGUGAAUAAUGUGCGGCCUGGUUUCCAAGUUUCUCUUCCAUUAGCGUAUCCUCCUCCGCAGUUUGCACAUGCUUUACUCGCUGCUCAGACUUUCCAGCAAAUCCGUCCACCCCGGUUGCCCAUGACACACUUUGGAGGUACUUUCCCGCCGGCGCAGUCCACGUGGGGUCCGUUUCCUGUUAGGCCCUUGAGCCCUGCAAGAGCUACCAACUCGCCGAAACCUCACAUGGUGCCUCGCCAUAACAGUCAGAACAGCAGCGGUUCUCAGGUGAAUUCAGCAAGUUCUUUGACAACUAGUCCGACAGCUACAACAAAUUCAGUGGCUUCUACUGUGCCUGGUUCUUCUGCAAACGGCAGUCCAAGUUCACCUUCAGUCAGAAGACAGCUUUUUGUCACGGUCGUGAAGACAUCAAACGCCACAACAACCACAGUGACGACCACGGCGAGUAACACGAGCACAGCGCCUACAAAUGCCACGUAUCCAGUUCCUACUGCCAAAGAACACUACCCCGCGUCUUCCCCGUCAUCUCCUUCUCCUCCUGCGCAGCCAGCAGGCGUUUCCAGAAGCAGCCCUUCCAACUGCGCGGCAGCCUCUCCGAAUAAAGGUGCGCCUUCGUCUGAUCCAGAAGUGGGUAGUCCACCAGCAGUGGAAACGAGCAGCUCGACCAGCAGUAGGCAGCCCAGUUCUGGUCCUGGCAGCUCGUCUGCCCACCCUGCUCAUCAGCAGCCUCCGGGAGCUCCUCUGCAAGAGGCAAGACCCCCUCUUCAGCAACCUCAGGUUCCUGCACCAGAUCCUCGAAUGGUUGUGCCUCCAAAUUUAGCAGCGACAAGCUCAUCUGCUCCUGUGGCAGGUCCAACAAAUGCCCCGAUGACCUAUCCGAUGUCUCAGGCGUCAGUGGGGUCUUCACAGCCCACAGCGAAGAUGGAAACGCCGGCCAUCAGACCGCCUGUCCAUGGCACCGGUAGUGUCCACAAGAAUCCACCUCCCGUGCAAAAUUCCUCUGUCGCAGUCCUCAAUGUUAAUCACAUCAAAAGGCCCCACAGUGUUCCUUCUUCAGUGCAGCUUCCUUCUACCUUAAGUACACAAAGUGCUUCUCAGAAUUCAGCCCACCCAGCAAACAAGUCUAUGGGUAACAAUUUCAGUGCUACUUUACCAUUUGGGCCCUUUAGUACGUUGUUUGAAAACAGUCCUACGUCUGCUCAUGCCUUCUGGGGUGGUUCCGUCGUUUCAUCUCAGACAACACCAGAGUCUAUGCUAUCAGGAAAGUCUUCAUUUUUGCCAAAUUCGGAUCCUUUACAUCAGUCUGAUACUUCCAAAGCCCCGGGUUUUAGGCCACCGUUACAGAGGCCAGCUCCAAGUCCCUCAGGUAUUGUCAGUAUGGAUUCACCCUAUGCUUCUGUAACACCUUCUUCUACACACCUGGGUAAUUUUGCCUCAAACCUUUCGGGAGGUCAGAUAUACGCGCCUGGGACACCUCUUGGCGGAGCACCGGCAGCUGCUAAUUUUAACAGACAGCAUUUUUCCCCACUCAGUUUAUUGCCUCCAUGUUCAUCAGCAUCAAAUGAAUCUCCUGCUCAGUCGGUGUCUUCUGGAGUAAGAGCGCCAUCUCCCACCCCUUCAGCAGUGUCCUUGGGAUCAGAAAAACCCAGUAAUGUUUCUCAGGACAGAAAAGUUCCUGUUCCGAUUGGGACUGAACGGUCUGCACGUAUUAGACAAACUGGAACUUCUACUCCGUCUGUUAUCGGGAGCAACUUAGCUGCUCCGGUGGGACAUAGUGGGAUCUGGUCCUUCGAAGGUAUAGGUGGCAGUCAAGAUAAAGUGGACUGGUGUCACAGCGGAAUGGGGAGCCACAUGAUCCACAGGCCCAUGUCUGACCCAGGGGUGUUCUCGCACCAAGCCAUGGAGAGAGACAGCACGGGAAUUGUAACGCCUUCCGGUACAUUCCAUCAGCCCGUUCCUGCAGGAUACAUGGACUUCCCAAAAGUCGGGGGUAUGCCUUUUUCUGUGUAUGGGAAUGCAAUGAUUCCUCCUGUAGCCCCCAUCACAGAUGGUACUGGAGGCCCUAUAUUUAAUGGGCCUCAUGCUGCUGACCCAUCUUGGAACUCGCUGAUAAAAAUGGUUUCAAACUCCACAGAAAACAACGGGCCUCAGACGGUGUGGACUGGAACUUGGACACCUCACAUGAACAGUGUGCAUAUGAACCAGCUUGGCUGAGUGGGAUCAACUUGCUAGCCUUGAGAUUCCUUUUUUGCAGAGGAAAAUACAAAUGGCAGAAACAGUUUAUGUGCUCCCAGAUCAUUCUACUGAUGUGCUUGACUGAAGUGUGUAGGCUUUUUGCAGAAGAACUUACUAACUGACCUUUUUCUGUGAACAUUGUGACCGCCCAUUCCCCACCAUCAUACGUUUCAACUUAGUUAGCCUUUAUUCUUUCCUUUCUUUUUUUUUUUUUUGACAUAACUUUCUGUUGAAGCUGUUCUUUGGCUGGUUGGUUUUAGUACUGUAAACUGCUUCUGAGCAAACACAGAAAUUUAGCAAAAUUAUGUAAACUUGAUCCUGAAGUUUUAGAAUGGCAAAUAAAUGUACAAUUGUUUACAUAACAAAUGGCUAAGCAGAAAGUAAAUUUCAAUAUGUCAGUAUAGAGGCUCUACUUUAUGUAGACUUAAAUUAAUGUGAGAUAUGUACCUUCAUAUUCAGAAAUCUGGAUGUUUCCUUCAUACAUUAAACUAUUAAUAAGCAUAA